AUGACCCAUCACACAUCUACGAAUACCGUACGGAUACCCGAGUCAAUGCUCUUGUCCAGAACCGCCCCCAAUCACCAAGGUAUAGAGCGGCAUACUGGGGAUUGGAUGCGGCAGAGACUUCAAGGCCAACCAAGCCUCUGCCAAAGUUACUUCCUCUCAGGCGCACAUAUUGUGAGUGAUGCACAUGUUGGCCAACUGGAUGCUUCCCGCCAGCGAGCUAGUCAGGAUCAAGGGCGAAAAGAGACACCAGAGGAAACCCAGAAAUUCACUGCAAAGAAGUUGCUAAUAAUUGCGCCCCAGGCUCUCAAUCGCAGCCACUGCUGGCAGCAGGUUGAGUAUCUAAUCUCUCUCCAACGACGGCCGCUCCGUUGGCCGUCCAGCCGUCUAGCACCGCAUACUUUCGUCCAAAUCCGUAUACAGCCAUCCUUUCUCGAUCUAGACAUGAAACGCCCGUGCCGAUUCGUGGCCUUUGGGGACCUCGACCUCUGUAAGUUGCACCACCACAUCCCAAUCCCAGCCUGCCUAGCUUCACUGGCACGCCGCACGACACAGGGGGCGCUAGCUUCGCCUUGCCUUGCCUGCCACUGCCUUAGCUGGCGUCGAGCAGGCGAGGGCAACCAGUUACAAAACGUCAGGUCAAGGCUAAGGCUCAGGAGUCAGAGACUACUGGACAAGGCACCGGCAGUUGAAGGGAUGUGCAUGUUAAAUCUCGUUAGACCCACUCACACGAGGGGACUACGUCUGCUAGCUAAACUUAGCUGA